UUGGUCAUUUUGUGAGAGCGUAUUAGGGUGACGAGCAAAGAUCCUUCGGUUCUUGCGUCUUUCGGAAAGAGUUAGAUUGUAGACUGACUCAUUUGAAAGCUCGAGAUUCUAGCCGGCAGGGAGUAUUAUAAAAGAUGGCUGACUUUGAAAAUUCUCACAGUAGCAAAGAUUUGAGAAAAAGAGAAAAACGCAUGCCAAAAAUAGAGAAUACAAUACAGAUUGCUGACACAGGAGAGUCAAUUAUGAGGAUAGGCAAACCUAGUUCCAGCAUGGAAGACAAAAGCAUAUUUCUCACAAGCAGUGCAUUCAAGUGUCACAGUCACAGGUCUUUCAACAAUGAACAAUCUAGCUCUUAUACUGACGAUGUUCUCAUCAAGGAGGAGGACGACAAGGAGAAGAAACCUAACACUCUAACUGGGCCUAUUAACAGGGAGAUGAAGGUUACAAGCCAAUCUUAUGGGAAGGAAAACUUGGAGAAGAAGAUUUCAAGCCUACCUAUGUCUCACAGCAAGGUAUUGGAAAUCAUCACGUUUGCGAGUUGCUAUAAGAACCCCUCUACAAAAUUGCAAACUUUUACAAAUCUGGUUUGUUUUAGAUUACUCCUGUAAAUACAAUUAUGCCAACUGUUUGGGUUUGCGUUUUUAAGACAGAUUUGGAGUGUCUUGAAAGUAAUUGAUUUGAUUUCUGUGUUGUCUUUGGUUGUAACUG